UAUUAUCAAAUGCAACAGAAUAUGCCCAGUUACCAGUACGUCAUAAUGAAGAUCAGAUUAACAGUGAUUUAGCUCAGAAAGUCCCGCUAGAAAUGAAUUCUCAUUCAUUUGAUUCAUCACAUACCAAAACUAACAUCCUGCUACAAGCUCACUUCUCUCAACUACAAUUACCAUCAACUGAUUAUUAUACUGAUACUAAAUCUGUUUUAGAUCAAGCUAUACGUGUAUUACAGGCUAUGUUAGAUGUAUCAGCUGAUCAGGGUUGGCUAAUAACAUCAUUACGUGUUAUACAAAUAAUACAGAUGAUAGUACAAGGUAGAUGGUGGCAUGAUUCAUCAUUAUUACAACUACCACAUAUGACAACGUAUCAUACCUACUGUUUUAGACCACAAAGUGGUGGUGCCAAAAAGAAAGGUUUUCCUGACAUUAAAGCGCCUGUAGAUAGUUUACCAGAGCUAAUGGCAGUCUGUGAUAAUAAAUUUGAAGCCUUAAGUUCCAUGUUAGAUGGUGAAAUGAAUCCUAACCAUAUAAAUGAGGUUUAUGAUACAUUAAGUAAACUACCUCACAUCAGAGUUGAAGUAGCAGUAAAAGGCUGGUGGGCUGGUCAAUCAACAGAAAUACAUAAACCUUUCAAUAUACAUCAUAAAGGUGGUAGACGUAGUGAUAAUGAUUGGGUUCAGGUACAUGCUGAUCAAGAAUAUGUUCUUCAGAUAAAUAUGACUAGGAUUAAAAAGGCGAAGAGAGGGGAUAGUAAAGUUUGUAUGAGUCGAUUUCCUAAAAUGAAAGAUGAAGGUUGGAUGAUAGUUGUAGGUGAUGUGGAAAUGAAAGAAGUGAUAGCAUUAAAACGUGUAGGAUAUAAUCGUGGACAGACUAAUAUUAAAUUAGCUCUAACUACACCAGAGAAACCUGGAAGAGUUAUUUAUACUUUGUAUCUAAUGAGUGAUUCGUAUCUAGGUUUAGAUCAACAAUAUGACUUAUGUCUCGAAGUUAUACCAUCGGAUAUUGAAGCACAAGUUAACACAGAACUCAAAGAUGAACUUGAAGGAUUAAAUUUUGAUGACUCUUAAGAUAAAGUAAUACUUUAGAAACUCAAAUUUAUUUAAAAUGAUCAUAAUGGUGCUGUGGUAUGUGGUGUAUUUAAAAUUAUGUAAAAUGUAAAGCUAUCACUGUACUGUCUGUUGACUGAAAUUUCCAUAUUAGAAUUUUGUAAUUAUGUAUAUCCACCCUUAUUUCAUGUACAUAGUCAAAAUUUGAAAUAGGAAAAAUAUAUGUUUAUAUAGUAAUGAUAAUUUUUAUACGCCCACAUUUUCAUGUGGACGUAUAUUGUUGUCGCCCCUGUCCGUCCGUCCGUCCACAAUUUGUUUGUGGACACUCUACAGGUCACAAUUUUUAUCCAAUUUUGACGCAACUUGAAAUAUAGGUUUAUCUCCAAAAGAUCUCGGCUGCUUUCGAUAUUGGCAUGUACCGGAUCGAAACUUCAUGGAUAAUGCCCCCUGUGUGUCCGAAAAAUCACGUUUUUAGCUUGUGGACACUAAAGAGGUCACAAUUUUUAUCCGAUUUUGUUGAAACUUGAAAUGUAAGUUGAUAACCCAAAGAUCUCGGUUCCUUUCCAUAUUCGCGCAUAUCAGACCGUAACUUCCUGAAUUAUGGCCCUUGAUUGUACGAAAAAUCACGUUUUUAGCUUGUGGACCCUAUUGAGGUCAUAAUUUUUAUCCGAUUUAAAAAAACGUAUUAUUAUAUCACCGUUACACCCUAAGGAUGGCUGAGUUCGAAUUUCGUGAAAAUUGGCCCAAAAUUGACAGACAAAAUGGCCGCCAUUCAUUCUCAAAUAGCGUAAAAAUAUGGUAUAUCAAGGUUGUGGACCCUAUAGAGGUCACAAUUUUUAUACGCCCACAUUUUCAUGUGGACGUAUUAUGCCGUCGCCCCUGUCCGUCCGGACAUCCGUCCACAAUUGUUUGUGGACUCUCUACAAGUCACAAUUCUUAUCCGAUUUUGACGAAACUUGAAAUAUAGGUUUAUCCCCAAAAGAUCUCUGCUGCUUUCGUUAUUGGCAUGUAUCAGAUCGAAACUUCAUGGAUUAUGGCCCCUGAUUGUACGAAAAAUCACGUUUUUAGCUUGUGGACCCUAUAGAGGUCACAAUUUUUAUCCGAUUUUUUUGAAACUUGAAAUGUAAGUUUAUAACCCAAAGAUCUCAGUUCCUUUCGAUAUUCGCGCAUAUCGGACCGUAACUUCCUGAAUUAUGGCCCAUGAUUGUACGAAAAAUCGCGUUUUUAGCUUGUGGACCCUAUAGAGGUCAUAAUUUUUAUCUGAUUUAAAAAACCAUAUUAUUAUAUUUACCAUUACACCCUAAGGACGGCUGAGUUCGAAUUUCGUGGGAAUCGGCCCAAAAUUGACAGCAAAAUGGCCGCCGUUCGUUCUCAAAUAGCGUAAAAAUAUGGUAUAUCAAGGUUGUGGACCCUAUAGAAGUCACAAUUUUUAUCUGAUUUUUUUGAAACUUGAAAUGUAAGUUUAUAACCCAAAGAUCUCGGUUCCUUUCGAUCUUCGCGCAUAUUGGACCGUAACUUCCUGAAUUAUGGCCCCUGAUUGUUCGAAAAAUCGCGUUUUUAGCUUGUGGACCCUAUAGAGGUCAUAAUUUUUAUCCGAUUUAAAAAACCAUAUAAUUAUAUCACCGUUACACCCUAAGGACGACUGAGUUCUAAUUUCGUGAAAAUCGGCCCAAAAUUGACAGACAAAAUGGCUGCCGUUCGUUCUCAAAUAGCGUAAAAAUAUAGUAUAUCAAGGUUGUGGACCCUAAAGAGGUCACAAUUUUGAUCCGAUUUUGUUGAAACUUGAAAUGUAAGAUUAUAACACAAAGAUCUCAGUUCCUGAUUGUACAAAAAAUCGCUUUCUUUUUAGCUUGUUCUCUAUCCAUCUCUCGAAAAUGUGGGCGUAUCCUGCCUGACAGGCGCUGGUUUAAUCAGUCUAACCAAUGUCUCAAAUGGCUUAUCAUGCCUCUUGUGUCUGAUUUUGGUAAAAGCCCAGAUAUAUUUCAGUGAAAAAAAAAUGGUUAUUUCUUUGUGGAAUUCGCUUAGAACCCUUUAUUAUUGAUUACAUGAUAUUUUGGUCCUGCAAGAUAUCGGACUGAUGACAUUUCGGACUCAAAAAAAUAUGCCCUUGACUGUUCAGGCUCAGGAAGGUGACAUUUCGGACUCGGGUAGAUAACAUUUUGGACUCGGGGAUGAGUUGGAAGGAAGUGUAGGUGAAAUUUACUGUUUGUUGUCAAGUACAGCAUAUUGAUCACGCAGUGUAUGGACCUCUAAAGAAAUGACAGUAUGUCUAAUGUUGAAUGUUUACGAAAUAUCUGUACUAUUUUUGUAUAUCUGAUAUAAAAAAAAGUAAAAAGUAACUGAUGAAUUUAUUUGAAACGUGAAAGAAUACAUUAAAAGGCACUAACAAACAAAA